AUGAACGUCGUCGCCGAGAUCCAGCGCCUGAACGAACGUGAGCUCGAGCUGAACGUGCCGCUCUCGGGCUCGUGGCACCAAAAGUACCGUGAAUCGGCAUGGAUCUUCCUCGGCGGUCUGUCGUUCGAGCUGUCCGAAGGAGACGUGCUGUGUGUUUUGAGUCAGUUUGGAGAGGUGGAAGACCUCCAUUUAGUGCGCGACGGCAAGACGGGCAAGUCGAAAGGGUUCGCUUUCGUGAAGUACGAAGAUCAGCGCAGUACCAUUUUGGCCGUCGAUAACCUCAACAAUUGGCAGUUGCUGGACCGGGUGCUGCGUGUGGACCACGUGCUCAAGUACAAGCUGCCGAAGGAGUUGCAAGAGGGCAGCGACUCGGAGGAUGACGAAAGCGCGGGCAAAAAGAGACGACCGAGGGGCUUGCCUGGUCACGCUUACGAGGGUAAAGAGCUCGCGUCGGAAUUUGAUUUGCAAGAAGGCGUCAACGUGUUUGCAGCUACGAAGGAGAAGCAGUUGAAGACGGACAAGAAGCACGGGAAGAAGAAGCUGAAGAAGAAGGACAAGAAGAAGCACGGGAAGAAGGCGAAGAAAGGGUCUACAAAGGUGAUGAGUCACGAGCAGAAACAGCAACAGGUGGUUGAACGGGUGCUGCAGAAGCGACGGGAGCAGAAGCUGAAGGAAGAGAGAGAGGCCGUGCAGAAAGGAGAGGAAGAAGUCGCACCACAGCCGAGUGCGACGGGGUGGAGGGGGCGGUUGGAGCCGUCGGGUGUGCGACCACGGUGUGAUGUUGCUAGGGAACAGCAAGAGAGUGGAGGACAGGAGACCCAGCGCUGUAAAAGUUACGGCGGCAUGAGUCGCACACGGUAA